CGUUCCAGCAGAAACUCUGCAGCAACACAUUCCUGUGAAGCACAUUUAUUUAAGCGCUUAGUGCUGGUGGAGCUGCAGUGAGAGCUGUGAGAGGGUUAGUCGCUGGUUAGUCGCUGGUUAUAAAGUGAACAGUUAGACUGAGUUUCAGGCAGAAGCAGCAGAAGAUGAAGUUGCUGCUUUUGUUGUUUCUCUUGGAGCAAACAUCAGCUCAACAGAGAGGUUUGUUUCCGGCCAUCUUGAAUCUGGCGAGUAACGCCAUCAUCAGCAGCAAUGCCACGUGUGGAGAUCCAGAUCCUGAGGUUUACUGUAAACUGGUCGAUCAUGUUCCAGGACGAAGGAUCAGGAACCCACACUGUCCUAAAUGUGACGCCAACUCUGUCCUGUCCAAAGAACGUCAUCCAAUCACAAACGCCAUCGACGGAACAAACCAAUGGUUCCAGAGUCCGAGCAUCAAGAAUGGACGACAGUUUCACUGGAUCACCAUUUCACUGGAUCUCAAACAGAUUUUUCAGGUCGCUUACAUCAUCAUCAAAGCAGCUAACUCUCCUCGUCCUGGUAACUGGAUCCUGGAGCGCUCUCUGGAUGGUGUGACCUUUGAACCGUGGCAGUUUUACGCCAUCAGUGACACUGAGUGUUUGACUCGUUACAAUGUGACUCCAAGACUCGGUCCACCGACGUACAAGAGGGACAAGGAAGUCAUCUGCACGUCCUACUACUCCAGACUCAACCCUCUGGAACAUGGAGAGAUCCACACCUCUCUGAUUAAUGGGCGACCUGGUGCAGACGAUUUGACCUCUGACCUCCUGAACUUCACGUCAGCUCGUUUCAUCAGACUGAGACUUCAGCGAAUCAGAACGCUGAACGCAGACCUGAUGACGCUGAGCACCCACGACCCCCAAGACAUCGACCCCAUCGUGACCCGGAGGUAUUAUUACUCCAUCAAAGACAUUUCUGUGGGUGGGAUGUGCAUCUGUUAUGGACACGCAAAGAGCUGCCCACUGGACCCCGUUACCAAGAAGCUGCAUUGUGUGUGUGAACACAACACCUGUGGAGAGAACUGUAAUGAAUGUUGCCCUGGUUACCACCAGCAGCCAUGGCAACCAGGAACCAUCUCUGACGGAAACACAUGCGAGAAGUGUAACUGUCACAACAAAACCUUUGAGUGUUUCUUCAAUCAAACGGUCGCCGAACUCUCGCUGAGUCUCGACUCUGCUGGAGUUCGUCGUGGAGGUGGAGUUUGUGUCGACUGUCAACAAAACACGGACGGAGUCAACUGUGAGACGUGUCAAGACGGAUACUACAGACCUGAGGGGGUUUCUCCAUACUCAGAGUCUCCGUGUGUAAAGUGUAACUGUGACGUCAGAGGAUCUUCAUCAUCAGUUUGUGUCAAAGACGACAAAAAACAAGCCGGUCAGUGUGUGUGUCUGCAGGGUUACACAGGCCGACAGUGCGACCGUUGUGCGUUUGGUUACAGAGAUUUUCCGCGAUGCGUUCGCUGUGAGUGUAACCUGUCAGGCAGCACCAACAGUGACCCCUGCAGGCCGUGCAGCUGCAAGGUAAACGUGAUGGGCGCUCACUGUGAUCUCUGUAAACCAGGUUUCUUUAACCUUCACAAGAACAAUCCUCUGGGCUGCAGCGACUGUUUCUGUUUCGGCGUCUCUGACGUCUGUGAGAGCUCCACCUGGUCCACAGCUCAGGUGUAUCAUAAAGAUGCUUGGCUCCGCCCCGCUGAGUCACUCCUCAACCCAGCUGCUAUUCAUGAUAAUGACCUCAUACCCAGCAAUGCAUCCUCAGGCCACACCCACCAACUGCUGUCAUGGACAGCACCCACCAGUUUCCUUAGCAACAAGCUGGUGUCUUAUGGGGGCUACCUGAACUACUCAGUGAUUUAUGACAUCCCAUUGGACAAUGAAGACCGCUCUCUUCCCGCCCACUCUGACGUCAUCAUUGAGGGAAAUGGUGAAGUUGUCCGUCUGUCUCCUCGUGUCCCGGUUCUUCUGUCUCCGCUGGCUGAGCGCUCUGUUGCCGUGGCAAUCGUCCCACAACAUUUUGUUCACGACCAAACAGGAGUGGACGUAACUCGUGACGUCCUGUUGUCUGUCCUCACUAAUGUGACAUCACUGAGGGUCAGAGUUCACCUGGACAUCCCUGCAGACAGACUCAUACGUCUCAGGUCUGUGUCUCUGGAUGUUGCUGACUCAGGAUCAGACUCUGGGAUUCAGGCGGUUGCCGUGGAGACAUGUGAAUGUCCGUGGGGUUACAGUGGCACUUCCUGUGAGUCAUGUCUCCCAGGGUUUUACAGAGUGGGCGGAGUCAUGUUUGGAGGAAACUGUAUGCAGUGUGAGUGUAACGAUCACGCUGUCGAGUGCGACAUGGACGGAGUUUGUUUGGAAUGUGAGCACAACACCACAGGUCCUCACUGUGAUCACUGUCUUCCUGGUUUCUAUGGCGACGCCACAGAGGGCACGACACAUGACUGUCGGCCUUGUCCGUGUCCUCUGACAGAGCCGUCCAACCGUUUCAGUCCCACCUGUGUGUUGGCGACGUCAGGUCAGGUGUCAUGUGACCAGUGUCAGGUGGGAUACACAGGAGUAAACUGUGAGAGGUGUGCCACUGGUUACUAUGGUUACCCACAGGUGGUAGGCGGGACCUGUGUUCGUUGUGAGUGUAAUGGUAAUGUGGACGUAACCAAAGCCGGACACUGUGACACUGUCACUGGAGAGUGUCUUCAUUGCCUUGGCAGCACAACUGGGAGACACUGUGAAGUCUGUCAGCCUGGUUACUAUGGAGACGCCGUACAGGCCAAGGACUGUCAGGAGUGCGGGUGUGAUGUCAGUGGCGCCAUCUCCAGUGUUUGCAAUGUCACAACAGGUCAUUGCUCAUGUCAAGAAAAUGUGACAGGACGCACAUGUGACAUGUGCCAGAUGGGGUUCUUUGGCCUGAGAAGUGGGCAGGGCUGCUCAGCCUGUAAUUGCAGCCAAUCAGGAUCCGUGUCUGUGACAUGUGAUGAGGAUGGUCAGUGUCAGUGUGUGAGCGGUGUGGGCGGAGACAAGUGUGAGCGCUGUAGCAGAGGUUACUAUGGUUACCGUCAGAGUGGCUGCACAGCAUGCACCUGUGAUCACACUGGUGGGAACUGUGACCCAGAGAGUGGAGAGUGUAUAUGCCCUACCCACACAGAGGGAGACACCUGUGAUAGGUGUGAGACAGGGUACUGGGGUCAUGACCUCAACACUGGCUGUAAGCCAUGCAGCUGCAGCACAGCAGGAAGCUCCUCCCCUCAGUGUGACAUCACAAAUGGGCAGUGUCAGUGCAAAGAGGGCUUCUCUGCCAGGUCAUGUGACCAGUGUGCACCUGGUUACCAUGGUUACCCAGCAUGCUCUGUGUGUGGCUGCGACUCAGCGGGAACAGACGAGCGUUUCUGCAACUCGACUCUGGGAGUGUGUGACUGUGAGCACGGAGGAGUGUGUGUGUGUAAGGUGGGCGUGGCCGGGCGUCACUGUGAGGAGUGUGUCUCUGGUUGGUUUGGUCUGUCAUCGAUGAAUCCACACGGCUGCUCUCAGUGUUUCUGUUCAGGACUGAGCCGAGACUGUGAAGAGAGAGGAGGAGUCUACAGAAGACAGGUCACCCUGGCUCGCUCUCCGUCUCUCCUGUCUGUGGUCAGUCAGUCUAACCUGCAGGGUGUAGAGUCUGGAGUUUACCAGCAGGGCGGCGACAUGUUACUUGACACUCGUCAGGUGGACUUAAGCAGACUCACCGGCCCCCUCUACUGGAGACUGCCCCCCCAGUUUGAAGGUGACCAGCUGAUGUCCUACAGUGGCCUCCUGUCUUACUCCGUCACGUUCUUUGCUGAAGACGGUUCAGGACUGUCCAAUCAGGAGCCUCAGGUGAUGAUGAGGGGCGGUACUCUGAAGAAGCAUGUGAUAUACACUGACAUGGUUGCUCCGAGCAACGGCAUCAAGACCCAGCAUAACAUCAGGAUGACAGAGUACAAAUGGAAGUAUUUUAACUCUGUGUGGGAGGAGUCAGUGAGUCAUGAAGACUUCAUGUCCGUCCUCAGUAACGUCCAGUACGUGAUCAUCAAAGCAUCGUAUGGAACCAGACUUCAGCAGAGCAGGAUUUCUAACAUCACCAUGGACACAGCAGUGGAGGAGGAGUCAGAGGAAGAGUCUGAUGUCAUAGGGGGCGUGGCCAGAUUUAUUGAGUCCUGCACAUGUCCACCUGGAUACAAUGGACUGUCGUGUCAGGAGUGUGCGUUGGGUUAUUUCCGUCAGCCUCGGUCUGAGUUGUCCUCUCAGAGACGGACGUCCAUGUUUGUCCGUCCAUGUGUCCAAUGCCGCUGCAACAAUCACAGUGAGACCUGUGACAGUGAGACAGGAGAGUGUCAGGACUGUCAGCAUCACACCAGUGGGCGGCGCUGUGAGCUCUGUGCCCCAGGGUAUCAUGGGAAAGUCAGUGGCUCCAUCAGUGACUGUUCUCUGUGCGCCUGUCCACUCAGAGACAACAGUUUCAGUUCCGCGUGUGUGUCAGAGGGAGCGUUUGGUGAUUUUCGCUGCACUUCCUGUCAAACAGGAUAUGAGGGAAGAUAUUGUGAGAGGUGUUCUGUUGGUUACUAUGGUAACCCCUCAGUGCAUGGUGGGAGGUGUUUUUCAUGUACCUGCAGUGGGUGGGGCUCGCUCCACCCACUGUGUGACACAGUCACUGGACAAUGUGAGUGUAAGGCUGGGGUCAAAGGUCAGUCCUGUGAAAGGUGUGAAGAGAGAUAUAUCCUGGAUGGAGGAGAGUGUGUAUUGUGUGAGGACGGUUGCGUGGACGUUCUUCUCGACGAUCUUGAUAAACUACACAACGUCUUUCUCUCUGCUGAUGUCAGCGGGAUUUCCAUGGCACCGUACGGCCAGCUGGUGGCGCUAGAGAACCAGACCAGAGGCUCCUCCCAGUUCAUGUUUUCACAGAACAACUCCGUCAUGUUCCGUCUGUCCCGAGUGGACGAAGACUUGGAUCAUGUGACCUCUGAAAUCAGCACGUUACUGCGACAGGUCACACAUCUGUCCGACCACGUGGAGGAAGUGGACGUGUCGACCAACACCAGCCUCUCCCAGGGUGCACUGCUGCUGAGGAACAUCGGCAGACUUCAGGAGAGGAUUCUGGUCCUGCAGAGUCAGGCGUACCAUGUGACCCAGACCGCAGAGGAGGAGUUUGACUCGGCCAAUCAGACGCAUCUACUCGACGAGUUACAGCUGAUGUUGGAAACCAUGAGAGGCAUCAAUGUAACAGCUGCCAGUGCAACAGCAGAUCAGGAGCUCAGCCUGUCACAGUCUCUGUGGAACUUACUGCAUGUGGACUUCAUGUCCAGCAGGGCGGCGCGCAACAUCAGGCUCCAGGGUCUCGCUGCCUCACUGACCGUCCACAUGGAGGCGCUGCAACACAUCAGCGCACAUCUGGACCAUGCUGAAGACAAAAACACGCACACACACACACUUCUGCAAACUACACACACACUGCUGCAGCAGCACAAGUCUGUCUGUCAGAGCCUGAGUGUGGCGUACGUGUCUGUGGAUGCUGUGAUGGAGGACGCUCAGCUGUUGUUGGACGAUGUCUUCAGUCUCGUGGAUAAGUUGACAAACACCAGUGCACAGGUGGAGCUGAUGGGCGGGCAGUUGGACCAGCGGCGCCCCCUGCUGAGGAAGCAGGUGGACAGUUUGGUUGUGGGACUGAAGAGGACGGAUGCCCUGGAAAAUGUCUAUCAAGCAGAGAGCCACGCCGACCUGCUGCAGAACCACGCCCUCUCUGUGCACAGUUCUCUCUCUUCUGUGUGUAAUGGAUCUCAAAAUGGCCGCCAGCUAUUUCAGCUCGAAGGUGACAUCACACAGCAGGUCGACUUUGCCCAGCAGGUGGCGUCGUUAGCCCAGGUCUCCUCCUCCCGUGCUCUCAACAUGAGCGUCCAAUCAGAGCGGCUUCUGUCAGAGGAGACGAGAGAUAAACUCAACGUCAGCAACACUGUUUUACACCAAAGUCAACAACUUCAUCAAACUGUUGAAGAUUUGCAGCUGAACAUCUCCAUGGUAACCAGCGGUCUGCGACUGGUCAGAGAGAGUGUCCAAAACUCAAGUCUUCUCCUCCAUCAGCCAAUCAGAGAGCUGCAGAGUCUCCACGGUUCCUCAAGAUCAUUACGUCAGGCUCAGCUACAGACUACAGCUGCACACUCUGGCCUGCAGAUGGUGCUGCAACAGAUGCAGAGACUCAGUGAUCAGCUGCAAGAUUCUUCUUCUGUGGUGGAAAAUACCAUCGACACAGUGAGAGACACAAAUGAGCUGGUGAUGCAGACACGCGCUGCAGCCAAUGAGGCACAGAGUAAACUGGAGGAGGCAGAGCAGCGCACAGAGCAUCUGAUAGAGCGAAUCAAGCCGCUGAGCAUUCUGGGAGAAAAACUGGGACGUAACCUGUCAGACAUCAGAGAGCUGAUCGAUCAGGCCAGAAGACAGGCAGCAUCGAUUAAAGUGGCCGUGCAGGUGGACAGAGACGGAGACUGUGUGCGUUCAUACAGACCAGAGAUCCAGUCGAGUAAUUUCAACAGUCUGAGUCUCGUCCUGAAGACGACGAUUCGACAAAACCUGCUGUUCUACCUGAGCAGCAACACCACGGUGGACUACCUGGCGGCAGAGAUGCAUGAUGGGAAAGUGUCUCUGGUGUGGAAUCUGGGUUCAGGCACCAGCAGACUGGACUUUCCUGAACUCGACAUCGCCAACAACAAAUGGACCAGAAUCAAUGCUACACGGUUUGGCACCCACGUGUCUCUGUCAGUCCAUCGGCUGGAAUCAGAGACACACCCACUGCCCGCGGUAACAAGCUCAUCACCAGGAUCUUCUCGAGUUUUAGACAUCGACAGAAACUCUGUGAUCCACAUUGGAGGACUGGGAGCUCACACUCAGAGCACCGCAGCUUUGAGGUCGACAACGUUUCAGGGUUGUCUGAGUGAAGCUUCACUUAACGAGAGGAACAUUGGGCUGUGGAACUACGACAGCAGAGAAGGACAGUGUGGAGGCUGCUUCAGCAGUCCACAGACUGAGGAGACGUCCUUCCACUUUGAUGGUUCUGGAUUCUCAGUGGUCCAGAAGUCUCUGCGUGCAACUUCCACCUCCAUCGUGCUGCUGUUUAAAACUCUGUCACCUGGUGGAUUAGUGCUGUACCUGGCCUCCAACAACACUAGAGACUUCCUGUCCAUAGAACUGGUGGAGGGGCGUGUACGUCUGACCUUUGACCUUGGCUCAGGUGCUCUAACCCUGACCUCCAACAGGAAGUAUAACAGCGGUGGGUGGUACAAGAUCACGCUGCAGAGGAACAAACGCAAAGUUUACCUGUCCAUCAUGGCUGCUGACCAAUCAUCGGAGAAGGAAGUGUUGGAAGGGGAGUCUCCUGGAACGGCCUCCGACUUGAACCGCUCCGACCUGGACCCCAUCUACAUCGGAGGACUUCCUGUGUCCAGACCAAUCAGGCGACAGGUUGUGUCCAGGUCCUAUGUCGGCUGCAUAAAGAACGUGGAAAUUGCGCGUUCCAACUUUGACCUGCUGCGAGGCGCAUUCGGUGUCAGGAAGGGCUGCGUCGUCAAGGCUGUUCGCAGUGUGUCGCUGCUGAACACAGGCUUUGUUCAGAUCCCACCCACAUCACUAGGUCGGGAGGCGGAGCUGCUCUUCUCCUUCUCCUCCAACAACCAGUCAGGAAUCUUGCUGGCUGGCUUCAGCUCAGACAGACAGCACUUCUUGUCUGUUCAACUGGUCUCAGGUGUAUUAGAGGUGGAGCUUGGUGAAGGAGGCGGAGCCACUCAGAGGGUGAAGGUGAUGAAACCUGAUGGAGGAUCGUUCAGCGAUGGAAAGACACAUUCAGUGAUUGUCUCCAUCUACAAGAAGUCUCUGUCCAUACAGGUGGACGAUGAUCAUCUGAAGUCCGUCCCUCUUUUGUCAUUUGGAUUCGCUCAUUCGUCUCCAACCUCCAUCUUCAUUGGUGGGCUGCCUUUAGGGGCGGAGUCAGAUCUACCAAUGAGAUUACAUGAUUUAUCCAGAUUGUUCAGAGGCUGCAUUCAUCACCUGGUAUUAGCUGGAGUACUUGUUGACCUAUCAGGAGCGAUCAGUUAUGAGGGGGCGGAGUUUGACAGCUGUCUGUUGGAGGAGAAAGUUGGUGAAGUUUUUUCUGACGAAGACGACGUGGAACCAACACCAGACCCCACCCACCAAUCUGUUGCCCCGCCCACUCACCUUAGCGCACUGACACCUGGAGCGCUCACGUGUGUUUCAGAGGCGGAGCCACAUUUCCUCUCAGCAGCAGCGCAGUUUGGUUUGUCCAAACAUAGUCACAUGACUUUCAUCAUUAACCCCAACACUGUCAGGAGGAGUCUCUCUGUUCGGUUGUCGGUUCGAACCCGAGCUUCAGACGGUUCCAUCCUCAUCCUCACUGACUCCAAACAUAUGGACUUCAUCAUCCUCAGACUGACAGGAGGAAGACUGAUGAUGUCAGCUGACCUGGGGAAAGGCCCCGCCUCCAUCACCUCAUCUGUUGUUGUUAAUGAUGGACACUGGCAUGAUGUGAGUGCUGAGGUCAGUCGGCGGUCGGCGUCCGUGUCUGUCGACGGUUCAAGUCCCAAAUCAGUGACUGUGAAAGGAAAUCAGCUGGACGUGGACGAGCGUCUUUACCUGGGCUCGUUCCCACACACAUACACACACACGAGCAGCAGGAGACUCAACAACCUGAACAGCAGUUUACCAGGUUGUCUUCGCUCUGUCAGUCUGAAUGGAGCAAUGUUGGAUCUGACCAAGCCAACGUCACAACAUGAUGUCACUUCCUGUUUCAGCACAGACCAGACAGGAAGUUACUUUAACGGCAGCGGCUACGCCGUCUUCAUGCAUGAUGGGUACAAAGUUGGAUCAGAUGUGUCCGUGAAGCUGGAGUUUAGAACCAGCCAAUCAGACGGAGUGUUUGUGGGCGUCAGCAGUGCAAAGGUCGAUGCCAUUGGCCUGGAGAUGGUUAAUGGACAGGUGGUGUUUAACGUCAACAAUGGUGCAGGACGAGUGUCUGUACGUUCACUCGCUCAGGUGUUGUGUGACGGACAGUGGCACCACCUGCUGGCCACAAAAAACAAACACACCCUGAGUCUGACCAUAGAUGGGCGGAGUUACACCACCAUCAACCCUUACCCACAAUCCACCUCUGCUGAGACCAACAACCCUGUUUACCUGGGUGGUUAUCCAGUGGGGGUGAGACAGAACUGUCUGUCCAUCAGCUCCAGGUUCAGAGGUUGUCUGCGGAACCUUCAGCUCAUCAAGUCUCACCUGAGUGACACUCUCAAACCAAGCUCCGCCCACUUCUUGUUGGGUGUCACACCUUUUUCAUGUCCUGUCUAGAGUAGUGGUUCCCAGCCUUGUUUGCUUGAAGCCCACCGGACCUGAGCCCCUGUCCAGGACAAACAAGCCCCCCCGACCUGAGCCCCUGUCCAGGACACACACACAAAAAAGAAUAAAGUUUUUGUUGGUCUGAAGAUAAGAAGUGUUGUGUACUUCCAAUAACCCUAACCCUAAUUGUUUGAUCCUGGUGAGUUUUUGCUACUUUUACGUUUCUCACACAUUUCUGAUGACACGUUUGAAGUCACUGGAUCGUGAAAUUGUUUAUGACAGAGUCAAAAUGUAAAGAUAUUAACAUAAAUUUAACCUUAAAGUGCACAAAUAACAACAGAUGAAGAACCAGGAUCCUCUUAUCUUAUCUUACAUCGUCAUGUGAAGCUUUACUACUAACACUGCUAACUUAUAAUAACACACACAUGUAGUAAAGUUAUUGUAUUUUAACUCAGUGGAUAAUGUCAUCAGUUCAUCAGUUCAUCACUUCAUCACUUCACCGGUUCAUCAGUUCACUAGUUCAGUGUUUCCCAGCCCUGGUCCUUGGGGAACUCUGCCCUGCUCCAUCACACCUGAUUCAGAUGGGCAGCUGAUCACGAGCAGUUGACCUGGAUCAGGUGUGUUGGAGCAGAGUUCCCUGAGGACCCGGUUUAGGAAACACUGGUUUAUAGGACAGUAGAAGUUUGAAGACUUUCUUAAACUUGUCAUUUAUAACACAAAUGAGUGCAUUUUGCGCGGUGAACAGUACGUGAACGCGAACCCGAGAGUUGACGUCGUUGUCGUUGCACACAGCACAGAGAGGACGUAAGUGUGGACCUGCUGCACUCAACACUGGAUUAGCAGAGAAGCCACGGAGGACAGCGCUGCUGUGUGUGUUUGCUGCUUUUCAUUUCUUUGUUGACGAUGUAGUCUUGCAUAGGAGGUACGCUAUCACGUUAUCACUGCUUUAUAUGCUGUAACAUUUAUAAAAGCGCGUUGUGUGACACUUGCUAAGUUACUGAGUUGUGGAAACGUUAGCAUUAGCUUGCGAGCACACCUCAUUCCUCACUCCUACCACAUUCAAAACAUGAACGUUACUGUAGUCGCGGUUAAACUCGUUCGUCGAGUAAAGCUGACACUCAGUGAUGUCAGUUUGUGAAAUUAUGAUGUUAAAGAAAAAAAAAAAAGGCAACUAUUGUUGAUUAGCUUGUUAGCUAAUAUCCCCAUGCUUUCCAAACGAGAGUAACGUGCUGUUUCUUCAUGCAGUUAGCUGAUGUUAAUGUUUAAAUGCUCAAUGAGGGAACUAUGGAAGCAAAUCUGUACCAUAAUUCAAAUUAAAAUGGAUUAACAGAAAUGCUUUUUCAUUUUCACAAUAUAGCUGCAUUUUUUGAUAAAUAAAAAUAAAAUGAAUAUAAUAAGUCAUCCAAACAAUUAAAUUUGAGUUUGCUAUUCCAAGGAGAGUGACGUCAGUUGCCGAAAGCCAUGUAUCCCAGAAAUGAUAAUUUGACUUUUCAACAUGAAUCAAACAAUCCUCUACACCAGGCUGUGCAGAGGUCUGGCUGUCGGUCAAAUUUUGUUUUUAUGAUGUGCUUUGGAACCGGAGCUGCGUGUUUGAAACCCACCUCUGACUUUAGAAUUGUUUUCUUUCUUUUUAUUUUUUCACUCCUUGUAUUUUGAACAAUCUAUUUAUUUUUGGUCAGUUUGAACACUUUUUUCUUUUCUUUUUUCCAGGGUUCGUACAGAGCCUUGAAAGUCUGGAAAAUGCUUGAUUUUUUAAUAUAGUGUUUUCAAGGUUUGAAAUGUGCUUGAAAUUUGAGCACUGUGCUGUAAAAUGCUGGAUUUACUAUACAUUGACCAAUGUUGUAAUUAAAAAAAAUUCUUCUGGGAAUUAAAAUGUGUUGGCGGAGGACUGGCGGCUGUGCGCCCGCAUCAGGCCAACUGAGUUCCGGACCGGGGAGCCGUAGGAGCAGAGUGUGGGCCGUGAACACGGAGGAGGGCGACCUUCAUCCCAGCCAGAGUUGAGGGGAAGCGACGUGGGCUCGUAGAGGGGUGUGGUCACGAUGCACCCCUCUAACAGCUAAGUAUCCUCUUCUUCCUCUUGUAACUGGAUUUGGGUUCAUUGGGAUUUUAGAUCUGAGGAUUGUAUUAUUGUGAUUUGACAUUGGGCCUGAUUGCUUAUCCCAGCUGUUUUUCUCCAUGUGUAUGUGCACUGGCUGAAGGCCUUGUUCACCUCUCAGGAAGACGGGGACUGUUGUCACGGCCGUGUCUGAGAGUGGCUAUCCAGGGACACCGAGGGAUCCUUGCGAUGGAGAGCAGGACUGCCUCACACGCAUGCAGCGGAGCAUCAGACGACAUCAUUCAACAAACUCCAACUACAGGAUGAAGUGAAAGAGGAUUUCACUGUGGCUUAAACAGCACAUGAAGGAAAAGCAGAGGAUUGACCUGUGAAAGGAGAUGAUGAGUCUGAGCUUCAUAUGAUGAUAUGUGAGGGAUAAACUCAUGUUGUUUGUAUUCUUUAGAGGAGCAUAAUAUUUGCCCUUUGAACCCUUCAAAAUGUCCAUCUGGACUUUUCUUUGCUUCAUUUCACCAUAAAAGGACCAGAGAAUGUCCUGUAACUAAAUGCUUUGUCCAUUUGUCCAGAACAUCUUUAAAUAUCUGUCAGUUAUUUACAAUUUACUGCUUGUUAAAAUACUGUUUUAACAAUUUAAGAUGAAGAAAAACAAAAACACUGCAGUUUUACCUGAACAUGUUAGAUUUGAAAUUGGAACAGUAUGAAACAUAUUGACACUGACAUUUUGUGAGUGUUUGUCUCUCACUGUGCAAAAACUAUGUCCAGGUGUUCUUCACACUCUCUCGUCUCUGCUGACAAAUGAAAUUGUCAUACUCUGCUGUUGUCAUUUUAUUGUGAUAGUACCACUCUUAUUUUGAAGUUUUCUUGUCUGCGUUUCCCAUCCUUGAUUAUCCCAACCUGCUUCGUGUGUCUAGUUAGUCGCAGCUGUUUGUCCUAACCCUCCUCCCCUCUGUGUAUAUAACCAUGCCCUCUUCCUUCCGUUCCAGUCCAUAUCCACAUCGAUCCAGCUCCUGUGUUUCACUCGUUAUCUGCCUGACCAAGUGCUACAUGUGUUCAAAUAAAGACUGUAACUUACCACC